AUGGAUGCUAGGAAGCGACCAGCGCGUCCCUCCCGUGCUGGGAUCCAGGUAUGCCGGCCCUGCUCGUUUCUAUGGCAACCGUCGAGGGUUCUGAUUGUGGACGUACUGCCGCCCUGGUGGUUGGAGACUGGAACUGUGUUCUGUGAGGCCCUGGACAACUUCCUGUCCCUGGCCUGCAGUCUGGAGGGACCCUGUAGGAUACCACUUCUGAGUGUUUAUGCCAUCAGCAGACAGCAGGAAUGUCUUAUGCCAUUUGUGUCACUUCGCGGUAACCUGGGCAGGCUACGUUCCUGUGUCGAGGAGCUGAGGUCUAUGCCGGGUGAGGGCUGUAUCCAGCGGUCAGCCAGAGGGAGGGAUCUGCUGCGACAGGCAGUGUUGGACAGCAUGCAGCAGUUUAAACAUUACACCAGACUUACGACAGGUGACAGCCAUGCCAGCAGAUCAUUGGAGAUUACCGUGGUGACGAGCCAGCCAGACCGUGGUGUUUUGCAGCAGCUGGGGGCAGGGCUGAAGGACACUGACCUGUUGUCCCUGAGGCGGCUCCUGGUGGUCCAGAUCAGUACUGCUGCUGGAGAAUUGGCCCAUGACACUCUCUCACCUGGGAACACACCCGCUGAGACUAACGCUGAAUGA